UCACUUCCCGCCGCCGCGGCGCGCCCGCCCCUAACGGCCGGUGUACCCCAUGGCGGUGGCGGCCGCCGGGGCAGGCGGCGGGUCGGCUGCGCUGGGCGAUAGCGACAGCAUCGACUACUCGGUGCACGAAGCGUGGAACGAGGCCACCAACGUCUACCUGCUGGUGGUGCUGGCCAGCCUCGCACUCCUCGUCUACGCGCGACGGAACAAGAGGAGGAUCAUGCGCAUCUUCACCCUGCCCCCAGCCGCCGAGACGCCGCCCGAGCCCAACUUCUACGACAGCAUGAAGAAGAUACGGCUGCGGCAACAGCUGGAGAUGUACUCCAUCGAUACAGGUGUCAUGAUGAGGAGCUUCUCAGAAACAGAAGUGGAUGAUGAGUGGAGAUGAAGAAAUCAUACAUUUAAGAAGUUGGCUCAAGUUUCCGUUACAGGCAUGGAAAGUUUCUGAGACCAAGCCAUGUGAGAAGAACAUGAGUAAAGAAGAGGGAGAUGUAGACCCAGACUUUCUAGAAGGGAUUGCAGGAUUUGAGAGGACGCUGCACAAACAUCACAUAGUUUGCUUGCUUAUUGAUUUACCUGUGCCCCUGGAUUGUAACACUUUGUUUGCAUAUCUGUUUGGAAGUUGAAAAAUCCCCUCAUAUCUGUGUCUUUAAUAUAAUCAUGGCUUCAAGAUUGUUUUAGGAAGAGCAGAACACUGCUGUAGUUUUGAUUUGUGGAUUAGAUAGCUGCUGCUUUGUACUUGAAAUUGAUUUUGUUUUUUUGUAGAAGUGUGCACUGAAUAUGGAGAAGGUCAGACCAUGACCAUUAUGAAACAGGAAAUAAGGCUUUUGCUUGCAUUUAAUAAACAGCUUUUGCAUACAAAGUGUAACAGGUGCAUAGGUAAAAGAAACAAAAGGUAGUGUUAGUCCUCUAAUUUGAGUAAUGCUGUCCUGAGAUACCAGAAUCAAAUAUUCAUCAGUUCAAUCUUUUUUAUUUGACUGUUGGUCACAAUAAUACUCUAUGUAGAUAGGUAAGAUUUCUUGGCAGGGCUGCGGAGCUUUAAGUGCACAUUACUUAGUAUUGAGUUAGGGGAGAGCUUUUCAGAAAGGUAGAAGUUUUUUAACAUCUUGGCUGUUACAUGAAAUAUUAUAAGGAAACACUAGCUAUGCUAGUCCAGCAACUUACAAUGCUGGAAUAUCGUAACAUGAAUAGACUUAAUUGUAGUAAGUCUCUGAUAUGGAGGUACUAAGACUUCGACAUAUAUGUAUUUAAGAUAUUUAAAAUGAAAUAUAAUGUCCUGUAUUGGACAGUGUUGCUGGUAGAGCAAAGAGCAUCUUUAUUUUUCUUAUGAACUCUUAUCUUGUGCUUUAUCCUUUAAUAAAAGGCUAUGGGUAUUUUUUUAUGCUGACUGAGUAUUUGGCCUUUAAGAGUAUAUAAUUAGGUAGAAGAAUAAAUGCAGUUGUUAAAGAACUGUUUUUCUAAUGAAAAUAGUUUGAAAUCAUAUAAUUUUAGUUUCUUCCGAAUAGAUGUGAUUAGUGUGUUGGAAAUAGUUUUAUAGUGGAUAUAAAGGGAACAGUUGAGAGACAGUGGCUGAGAAUGUGUCCAGCUAUUUUUGUAGCUAACGGUUAUAUUUUUUCAUUCUCUUUACUUAGAUAUUUCCAUACAAUGGAACAGCCAAAUUAGAACUGGAUUAAAAGAACUAUUUGCACUUAGUAAUAUAUAUAUUUCAAAAUAGGUUUUAUUGUACAAAUUGAUGAGUAAAUCACAAUGACUGAGAAAAUUCUAGCCUAUAUUAUUACUUUGAUAAAAGUUUGAAUAUGGGAUAGUGUUGUCUGUAUCAUAUAAAAAUGUUUGAAUGGAUUUUUAGCUGCUGAAACUGAAAUCAAUAAACUUUAGUUACUGUUGUUGACUGGAACAAGUAAAUCUGCA